UCUUAGAUUUGCUCGAUUAUCUUCUCAUAUUUAUAUUCUACGUAUAUUUUUGAUGAAAUAUCCAGAAUAUUAGCUGAAAUAAUAUGGAAAAACGAACUUUUGCUGCUGCCGAUUAUGCGGUUUUUGGUUUAAUGUUGGCAUUAUCUGCUGCUAUCGGAAUAUUUUAUGCAAUUAAAGAUAGAAGAUCGAAAGAUGGUACAGAAGGAUAUUUACUUGCAGGCAGAUCGAUGAGCAUCUGGCCAGUUGCUGCUUCGCUUACCGUGAGUUUUAUGUCUGCAAUUACAGUGCUUGGUACUCCAGCUGAAAUGUAUUGGUUCGGAACAAUGUUUUGGUGGCUGCUCCUUGUUUUUAUCAUUGUUGCCAUCGUUGUUUCACAAGUAUAUAUUCCAUUAUUUUAUACUCUUGGGAUAACAAGUACAUAUGAAUAUUUGGAAAUGAGAUUCAAUAGGCCAGUUCGCAUUCUGGGGACAUUUUGCUAUCUUAUUCAAAAUGUUUUAUACAUGGGAAUUGUUAUAUACGGACCAGCACUGGCGCUUAAUGAAGUUACCGGAUUUGAUCUAUGGAUGGCGGUAUUUACGACAGGACUUGUUUGCACCUUCUACACGACUUUGGGAGGCCUAAAAGCAGUUUUAUGGACGGAUGUAUUUCAAGGUAUCGUGAUGUGUGCUGGAUUUAUUGCUGUUAUUAUAAAAGGGAGUGAAUUGGAAGGUGGAUUCGGUAAUGUCUGGAGAAAAUGUGAAGAAGGUGGCAGAAUUGACUUUCUACGUUUCGACACAGACCUGCGCAUCCGACAUUCAUUUUGGAGCAUGGUGCUCGGUGGCGCCGUCUUGUGGGUCAGUGUGUAUGGUGUUAAUCAAUCUCAAGUUCAACGUUAUUUAUGCUGCAAAUCUGUUAAACGGGCAUCCCAAGCACUAUAUCUUAACGUUGCUGGACUAUAUAUUGUCGUCAGCCUCGCUUGUAUGACUGGACUCGUAAUAUAUGCUCGAUAUUCAGCAUGUGAUCCAAUAAAUCAAGGGUGUGUUGAUAAAAAAGAUCAGCUAUUCCCAUAUCUUGUUAUGGAUAUUCUUCAUGAUUAUCCAGGCGUUCCGGGAUUAUUUGUUGCUUGUGUAUUUUCUGGAAGCUUGAGCACCGUAUCGUCGGGAAUCAAUGCAAUGGCAACUGUAACAAUAGAAGAUUUAAUCAAACCUUUCGCAAAGUGGAGUGAGAGAACAUACAUGUGGAUUACAAAAGGAUUAGUCAUUCUUUUCGGCUUGUGCAGUAUCGGUGUAGCAGUACUGGCAUCCUAUCUUGGAGGAAUCUUACAAGCUGCAUACAGUAUCUUGGGUAUGAUCGGUGGCCCUUUGAUUGGAUUAUACACGCUUGGAGUUUACAUUCCAUUCUGCAAUUCAAUUGGUGCAUUCACAGGCCUUGUUGGAGGGGUAGUAAUGACAACAUGGAUGUAUAUUGGAAGUCAAUCUUAUAAAGCAGGGCCAGAGUUCACAAGAGAAUUGCCACGAAAUACUACCAAUUGCCCUGCAUAUUGCAACACAAUCAUUGGAUCGGAGAAUAGUAUAAAUGCAACAACAAUGCGGAUGGAAGUGUCAACAGCCACAAAUUAUAUCUAUAACACAACCGCUUUUGACAACACUGAGGUCGAAGAACCGGCGAUUGCGGAAUUCUACAAGAUUUCUUAUCAUUACGUAACAUGUAUUGGAAUGGCGUGUACAGUGAUUCUCGGAAUGAUUGUUGGACUUAUGUCUUGUGGUUGGCGCCAACGAGUAACCGUUGAUCCAAAUCUGAUGGCUCCAUUUUUUGAUCACAAGAUGUUCUGUUGGAUACCUGAAAAAAUUCGAUACUAUUUGAGGUUCUGUGUUAAAGGUAAAGUUCCACCAAAACCCGAGCAAGAACUUUACGAUAUAUCACGUGGAGUUUACACAGAGAAUUCACUGGCGAAUGUCACCGCUUCACCUAACGGCGGAUACGAAAACCAAAUUCGUAUGGAAGAAUGAUAUGCAGUUGAAUCCAAUAACAAAACAUCUUAAACAUUUUAGAUAUUAUAAUGAAUUCGUCAGAUAUUUCUGACACCGUCAACCAAAUAUUGCUAAGUUUGCCAAGAUUUGUAUACUUUUUUUACUGUAUUUUUGUAAAUAGAACUAAUACGACAAGUUGAAUUUUUUGAAGGAAAAUAUGUAUUGUAUGAUCCAACUGAUAUGUCGCUUAGCUUGCCAGUUUAUUUGUAAAAUAAUGCAGAUUUGUGUCUCGUUUCGGCAAUGG